AAGUCUGCACUAUCAACGUUGCUUGACAGUAACUAGUAACCUUUUAAUAGACAUAAACAUGGAUCCAGCUGAGGAACAACAGCAAGAACUAGAAGUUCUUGAAUCGAUAUACCCUGAUGAAUUAACAGUUAUCAGUCCUACCCAUUUCAUAAUCCGAGUGCAAUUAGAUACCCCUUCACAACGUAAGCACUACCUUGACUUGAUUGUCAGGUAUCCCCCAACAUACCCUGAAGUCAUACCUAAUCUUGAUCUCGAAAUACCGGAGAUAUCCGAAGAAGAAGAAGAUAGCGACGACGAUGACGAAGAUGAGGAUGACGACGAUACCAAGGCCAUUAAGCUUGCCUUGAACAUGGCCGAGGUCAUUGAGUUUACUAGAGACGAACUUGCGUUAUUGUUAUCGAAAUUAAACGAAGAAGCUGAGUUGAACAUAGGCAUGCCUUCGGUGUUUGCAUUGACUACCCAGUUAAAGGACGAGGCUGAAGCUUUGUUUGUGCAAAUUCUCGAAACCAGACAAAAGGAGUAUGAACGCGAAAGAGAAGAACGGGAACGAGAAGAACAGAAAAAGUUUAUUGGUACUAAGGUCACCAAGGAGCUGUACUUGGAAUGGAGAGACAAAUUCAGGGCAGAAAUGAAAUUCGAUGAAAUUGACAAAAAGAGAUUCCAACAGAUGCAUCAAGGGAAGUUAACUGGUCGGGAAAUCUUUGAAAAGGGUUUGGCUGGUGCUGAAGACGACGAAGAAGAUUUGACUGAAGGUGUAAAGAAGAUAGCUGUAUAGAUGAAUAACAUACAUAACAUGCAUGUGAGUACAUAUCGGCCCAUGUAGUACAUAUUACACAAUUCUUCG